AUGGGACCAAAGGUUAUGGUCACCACAGCAGACCCCUUCGAGGAGGCCACCGACUCAGGAGAUGGCCACACAGGCAGCACUGAGACGGGUGACCCCGAGGCCAUGGACCUCAGCUCAUACCAGCAACCCAUGGACCCCGAUCACGAGGAGGAGCACGAUGAUGAUGACAACGAGGGAAACGUCAGUGGGUCUCAGAUUCUUUCAUUAGUAUCUAUUGGUACACACAAUCUGGGUGUGGUCGAAGCUUCAGUGGCCGACACUGCGGACUAUGACCUCAUCCUGGGGUUCACUGAGCUACGGAGGCUCAAACCCACCAUACAAUGGGAUACGGGCCAGCUGGAGUUCAAGACUCAGGAGCAGGACCAACCCCCUAGGAGACCCCCUGAAGCAGCAAGAGCAGGGGACCUAACCAUGAGGAGACCAACCCUUCAUGGUAACGAGUUUGUCUCAGCAGAGCGCAUACUACGAGCAGCUCUGGAAGAUGGACCCAUAGGGUUCAUGCUGUUAGAGGAGCCACCAUCAUCACUCCCGGCCUUUGGUUUUGUACCUACAGGCGCAGACAAAGGAGUCGAGAUGGAGGUGGAGGUAGAUAAGGUGGUGAUGGCUGCAGACAUACCAAAGCCAUACCAACACCUGCGAGAUGUGUUUGAUGAGGUGGAAGCAGACAAGCUGCCCCAUCAUACCGAGCAUGAUCUCCACCUCGAGUUGAUAGAAGGAGGUAAGCCACCUCAAGGGCCCCUAUACCUUAAGGGACCCAAGGAGAUGUCCGAGUUGAGGAGAUACUUGGAUGAGAACCUCGAGAAGGGGUUCAUAAGACCAUCGAAGAGCCCGGCACGAUCACCAGUGCUCUUCGUACCAAAGAAGGAUGGAGGUCUCAGACUCUGUGUGGACUACAGAGGUCUCAACGAGAUCACUGUCAAGAACAGGGCACCAUUGCCCCUCAUCGAGGAGCAGCUGUUCUUACUCAGGAAGGCAAGGAUCUAUACCAAGCUAGACCUUAGAGCAGCAUACAACCUCAUCCGGAUUGCUAAAGGAGAUGAAUGGAAGACAGCUUUUGGCACUCAGUUGGGACUCUAUGAGUACCUAGUGAUGCCCUUUGGCCUAGCCAAUGCUCCGGCUCACUUCCAGUCAUUCAUCAAUGACAUCUUCCGAGACAUCAUUGGAGUAUAUGUAGUGGUAUACUUAGAUGACUUCCUGAUCUUCAGUGACACUGAAGAGGUACAUGUGAAGCAUGUCACCGAGGUCCUCACUCGCUUAAGGAGCAACAGGCUCUUUGCUAAGCUGUCGAAGUGUGAGUUCCACACCAAGACAGUCGAGUUCCUGGGGUACAUCAUCAAGCCAACGGGCAUAGAGAUGGACCCAGAAAAGGUGCGCACUGUCAAGGAGUGGCCAAUGCCAGAGUCAAUCCAUGACAUCCAGAGGUUCCUGGGUUUUGCCAACUUCUAUCGAAGGUUCAUAGCCCACUUUGCUCGCAUAGCCAAGCCCUUGACAGCACUGGUAAAGCCUAUAGAACGGUUCAAGAAGUUCGAGCUACCAGAGGAGGCCCAACAGGCCUUCCACAAGCUCAUCCAGGCCUUCACAUCAGCAGGAGUGCUUCAGCACUUCGACUACCACCUUCCAACAAGGUUGGAGACUGAUGCAAGUGACUUUGCUAUAGCAGGAGUGCUCAAGCAGGAGCAUGAAGGACGAUGGCAUCCAGUGGCCUUCUACUCUAGGAAGAUGUCUUCUGCCGAGAAGAACUAUGAGAUCCAUGAUAAGGAGCUCCUAGCUGUGGUCGCCUGCCUCACUCAGUGGCGACACAUGCUAGCUGGACUACCGAACCAACUGGUCAUCCUCACUGACCAUGAAGCCCUCAAGUACUUCAAGUCACAGAGACGCAUCACAGGUCGACAGGCUCGAUGGGCCAUACUACUAGCAGACUUCGACUUCAUAUUGCAGUAUCGACCAGGAGACAAAGGUGGUGAACCCGAUGCUCUCACCAGAAGGACAGACAUGCAACCAGCUGGUGAAGAGCAGGAUCACAAUGUGAGGCAACUACUGCCUCCUCGAGUGUUCAAGGAGACAGCAGACCAUGACUCGCUCCUAGUGGCCCCCAUGAUCUCGAUGGAGUCCAUAGCAUCAAAAGGUCUCAAAGACCUGGUCCAGAUCUUCCAGCCCUUAGACCAAGAGCUACAGGAGAUACAUAGGAAGAAGCCCUUCGAGGUCAGGGAUGACCUAUGGUACAGUGGAGGAAGGUUGGUUAUCCCCAAAGUGAUCAUGCCAGGGAGGACCAACAACUGA